AAGACUCAAGAGAGUGAGAUACCAAGCUGGCAAGCUAAACCCUCCUCAAGCCUCAAGCCCCAGCCCAAAGACUCCCAGCAGUGAGAUAUGGCAUAUUGUUUGAAUGUUUGCGGAAGUGAAGACCCCGAAGCCCAAAAGGGCAAAAAAGAUGGAGCUGACGCCAUUGAUGAUGAAUUUAGUGAAUUUAUUGAGGAACAGAGGGCGCAGCGGUCAAAAAUGUCAAAAGCUUGCAUAUUCAAAGUCCCUGAAUGGCUUCGUAAGACCAAUCCAGAGGCUUUUACACCCACCCGAAUCUCAAUCGGUCCUUACCACAAAACCCUAGAGGAUACAGAGAAGACCAAGGCACAAAGGGACCGAUACCUCGUCUCGUUUCUAAAAAAUACACAAAAAUCCGAGGAAGAAGCACUGGAAGAGAUGAAGAAAUUGAGCGAAAAAGCUAAAGCAUGCUACAAAGACUACCCCAAAGAUCUCGAGGACGAUGAAUUCGUGAACAUGUUGUUGUAUGAUGGUAUCUUUGUCGUUGAAUUUCUCCGACAAAACAUCAAUUAUCUAGAAGUGGACGACAACAUGGUAGCUGAAACUUAUAGAGACAUACUUCUGAUCGAGAAUCAACUCCCUUUUUUCGUUCUCCAAGUGCUCGACCAAAUGCUUACCGCUAAAACCGUUGCAUCCCUCCAACGUGUGAUUAAGUUGAGCUUUAGUACUUUUGUCCCAAAGCUAACUCCUCACAACAUUGUUGAUGUGGAUAAUGACCCCCAAAGAAUCAAGCAUUUACUUCAGGUGGUCCACAGUCUUUGCAUUCCCCGUUGCGACCAAGAUAAAUACUCAUUAAAAGGGUGGACCAAAAAAGGAAAGGUUCUUAAAAAGGCAACCGAUCUUCAGAACGACAGAGUUUGCUUCGAGGGCGUGGGCUGUGUACUCACGGAGUUAGAAUACAACCGCGAGUUUCUAAAGAGGAAAACCACCAUGUUCGACAUCAAAUUCGAAAUGAAGUUAAGGAAGGCAAUUAUACUGUCGUACAACGGGUUUAGAGCGCUGCAAAUCCCGUGUUUUAAAGUGGACGACAACACGGAAACUCUCUUCCAAAACAUGAUUGCGUACGAGCAAUGUUCCCCGCCGGGGAGUCACAACCUUAAAUUCAAGUACUACAAGGAUUUCGCGUGUUUUAUGUACCUCCUGUUGGGUUGCGAGGAAGAUGUAAAUUUGCUGCGUAGGAAUGGGAUUAUUGUGAACUUGAUUGGGGAUGAUAAGAAAGUGUGUGAAAUGUUUAGUAAAUUGGUGACUUCGAGUUUGUCCACCAAUUUCUAUUUUGCAAACGUUUGUAACCAGGCGAAGCUACAUUGCGACAGUGUGAAACUCUUGAGGGACUACCUUAAGGCUCUGGCUGUUCUGUCCAUGCUGCUUGGUGUUUUCCUUGCUUAUUUUAAUCUUGCUAAAUUGUUGCCUAAAGACUUGUAGAUCACGUAGUCUUCAAUCCUAAUAAUAAUAUGGUGUGUGCAAAUCCAAGUUAGUAUCCCCAUAUUUCUAUGUUUAUUUAGUAGUACAUUUCACUGUAAAUAUUGUAUUACAGAAUAUUAUUUA